UUUGGUUUUUACUUAUUUUAGUCUUGAAGUUUCUCUUCAGAUGCUCUGGGGUUUCCCAGAUAUCCAACUAAAUAACUGAAUAUCAGUUACUAACACGAACAUUUGGGUAACCUGUUUCUUUAGAACCGACAAAGUGAAGGAGAUUUUGUUUUUUUUUCUAGUUCUGCUUUGCCUAAACAUUUUAAAGAUCUGACAAGCUUGCAGUGAGUUUAGGCAAAUAUAAUGACAGACUUUUUAACCUAAACCUUUUAGCCCUUUUUAUAUUUAUAUUUUUAACCAGACAAGUGAAUUAUCAUGCCUAGACCUAGGGGAGGGCUGGGACUACUACCUGAAGACUUUUCUGAGGUAUCCAUAGAUGCAGAGGAGGCUCAGUCUUUGUACUUAAAGAGAAAAUGUUUGGAGAAGACUUCUCCUCUGAGCAAAUUUAUCGAGGCAGAACAUCAGCAGGCGGGAAUGUUCUCUCUGUCGCCGCACAUCAGCAUCAGUGAUGCUACCUUGGAUCUUCAGAAGAAAAGAAGGAGAAAAUGUGGGACCUGCGAGCCAUGCCUUCGGAAAGAGAACUGUGGCACCUGUGCGAACUGCUUGAACCGCAAGAUUGGAAAACAGAUCUGCAAGCAGCGCAAGUGUGAGCAGCUGAAGAAGAGGCAGAGUGAAGGGGAGGUGAACGAGGUGGAAUAUUUUGAGGACAACAGUCGAAGCUGCUCGGAACACCUUGAACCGGCCUCUGAGCUCUGUCUGGACAUCUCAGACGGCACUGUUUAUAAAGUCACUUCAGUGGAUGGCCCCAGAAGUGAAGGCCAGAUGGAAAUUGGGUCACAUGACCGCCUCCAGGAAGGCGUGCUGAGCCUGGCAUUGACCAAUGGGGUAAACCCCUACCAUAAAGAUGAUGAGGCCUCUUUGGCAACAGAACAGCAUAGGGCAGGAAGCGUGCCCCCGGGGCUACGAUGGGUGCCAGGACAUGGCAAGGUCAGUGACACCCAAGAGCCGCAACCGUGUUGGAGGAACAGCGGUGACACAACCCCCUCUGAGCCUAAUCACCACGCUGACAUCGAGGAUGCUCAAAAUCUGGUUGCUUUUUCUGCAAUUGCUGGCUCAUUGCCUCCUUGUUCCUCCUCUUCGUGCCCCCCUGUGCAGCCUAAUACAGCCCAGCUAUAUGAGAAGUUCACCAGAGAGAUGGGUGCUGGUGGGGCUCAUUCUGGAGGGACUCCUGAGGGUAGCUGCCUUGCCCCAGAGGACCUUGCCACUCUACAAACAGCCCUGAGCCAAGCUAAACAUGGACACAAGCCCCCUAACUGCGACUGCGAAGGGCCUGACUGUCCAGACUAUCUUGAAUGGUUGGAGAAGAAGAUUAAACUAGCAGCUAGAGAGAAUCAAGGGUUUCACAAAAGAGCGGAAGGUGCCCCACACUUACAGCAACCCCAUUUGCAGCAUCAACCUCCGCCCAACCGAAAGGUCAAUGGUGACCAUCUCAUGCCUGCUUUGUGUUCCCAGCAGCAAGGGGUAACUCAAGGUCCUCACCCAGAUCAAGUGCCCUGCUCAAAACCCUCUAUUCCUUGCUCUCCCCAGGUGCUCUCCAUAGCUAAGGAAAAGAACAUUAGUCUUCAGACAGCAAUUGCUAUAGAUGCCCUGACCCAGUUGUCUGGCACCAGCCCUCAAACUCUCAACUGUUCAGGUCAGAAUCAACAAAAAAAUAGCUUUCAUAAUCACCAACAAAGUCAGAACAUCCCACUUGAUAUGAUCCUGGCCUCUCCUGGCAGUGAUUCCUCUUCCCGCUCUCAGUCUGUUCCUCCAGGACUUCAGACCAAACAACAGGCUUCACCUGCAUUUGAACAAUACAGACCCCAGUCCCAGGGACAUCCCCCGCAUGCUUCAACUCUCCCAUCUUCUACCUCUUCUUUCCCUGGUCAGGGAAAAACACCAAGCCUCAAUACUAUUGCCCAGCAGUGGCAGCAGGGCGUAGGCAGAGGUCCAGAACAGAGAAAUCCUUGGAUGUUUAUGAAGUCUGAGCCCCAAUCUCACCUUGCUGUUGCACCUCACAACAGGUCUGACCCCAUGUCAGAGCUUAAACAGCUUCUGCAUGAUACCAGUGGCAAAUUAAACAAUGGUUCUUUCAAGCUUCCCAAUUCAUCACAGAUUGGUUUCAACCAGAAUGGGGGUAUUCAGGGUCAGGGCAACCCAGUACUGGCCAGGAUAAAACAAGAACCAGACUCUAACGAGCAUUAUCAUCAUGCUGCAUCCAUGGGACAAUAUGGAAUUUCUAAUGGCCAACAUCAAGGCCAGCACUUCCCUGGGAUCCCCAUGUCUCCUGGUCAGACAGCCAUCAGUCAUUCCACUCAGGCAGCUUUACAACAGCACCUUCACUACAAGAGAAAUCUUUUUCCCAAUCACCUUUCUGGCUUUGGAGCUGGUCAAAACUUGAAAAAAUGGUGGCCACAGGCAGAAGGAGAAGGUAUACCUCACCUGCCAAUCAAACAAGAACUUAAGGAACCUAAGAAGAAAAAGAGCAGCCAAGGAUCUCCUCUCUUCAAAGCUAUGACUGGGAUGCUUAUAGGUCCCCCUCUCCCCAAACCCAAACAGAUUAUUAUAAAAAAGACAAAGCAGAAAGCCUCCAUGCCAACCUUCCUGCCUCAGAAUCAAAUCUCCAUACAAAAGCCCCCACUCCAUUUGAUGGACAGAGCCCCAGUUGCGGCAAAUCUUCAAGCCUGCUCUAACCCGUCCAUGCCCUUCCAGAAUCUCCCCUCUCAGGCUGUUCCUGCAGGUCUCCCUGCCCCAGGCCAAUCUCAGGUAUCCAUUUCUAACACCCCUAUGACACCAUAUUCCACUGUUACUGUUUCGACAGAAAGCACUCCAGCUGUUGUGGGCCCUCAAUCUCCACCUGUGGCUUCUGCGGUCCAUGGCAGUUCAGCAGAAAUGGGUAGCCAUGCCCUCAGCAAAACCAGCACCACUAAACCUUUGACCUCCACGUCUCCAUCCAGCACUUCACAAUUGCAGAAACUCAUCAACAUUGAUCCGAAGUAUGAAGAACUUAUUCGCCAGUUUGAGGCAGAAUUUGGAGACACAGCCCCAGACACAUCUGCUAGUCAACCCAAGGAGAAUGCACCAUCCCCUGAAACAGGGAAUCAAACCCCGACUAGUUCUCAGGACCCUAGUCUUAUACUAUCCAACACUCCCCAGUCAGUCUCCAACUGUCAUACCAACUCCAUUUCGGGUUCCAAGGAUCAGACAAUGGAAGUUAACCCAAGUGAGUCAUGGACCCAAAGUGAAGCAACUGUUAGCCAAGCAUCCACAGAAAACCUCUUGGUGAAGCAGAAUCAGGAACUUGUUGACGAUUCACAGAACAAAGAAACUGUUUUAGGCAAGCAGCAGUCCAGAGAGUUGGAGGAAACAUUCAGCAUGCCAUGUUCUCCCCUGCCUAAACGCAUCAAGUUUGAAACUUCAGGGGAUGUGGCAGUGCUGUCUACCACAUGCUAUCCCGAGGAGAGCACACCAACUAAAGAUGGCUUGCCUUGUUCUCCAUCUCUAAAAGGCUUCCUAGAGUCCCCCUUACGCUACCUGGACACCCCCACCAAAAGCUUGCUGGAUACUCCUUCCAAGGACCCACAGUUGGACUUCCCUACCUGUACCUGUGUGGAACAAAUCCUGGAGAAAGAUGAAGGGCCCUACUACAACCACCUGGGAUCUGGGCCUACUGUGGCCUCCAUACGAACCCUGAUGGAGGCAAGGUUUGGAGAGAAGGGGGAUGCCGUUCGGAUUGAGAAGGUGGUGUACACAGGCAAGGAAGGGAAGAGCUCCCAUGGUUGUCCGAUUGCUAAGUGGGUGAUCCGUCGUGGGAGCGAGAAAGAGAAGGUGCUCUGUUUGGUGCGUCAUCGUGCUGGCCACCACUGUGAAAAUGCAGUCAUCAUCAUCCUCAUUCUGGCCUGGGAAGGCGUCCCAAAAGCUCUGGCGGACAAGUUGUACCGUGAGGUCACCGACACACUCACCAAAUAUGGCAAUCCCACCAGCCGACGCUGCGGCCUCAAUGAUGAUCGUACCUGUGCCUGCCAAGGCAAGGACCCUGAAACCUGUGGUGCUUCCUUUUCGUUUGGCUGCUCCUGGAGUAUGUACUUCAACGGCUGCAAAUAUGCCCGAAGCAAAAUGCCACGCAAGUUUAGGCUGCAAGGGGAUCACCCUGAAGAGGAGGAGAAACUCAGGGAUAACUUCCAAAAUCUGGCUACAGAGGUGGCUCCUUUGUACAAGCGGUUGGCACCACAGGCCUACAGUAACCAGUGCCUGUCAGAGGACAAAGCUUCAGACUGCAGGUUGGGUUUGAAGGAAGGCCGUCCGUUCUCUGGAAUUACAGCUUGUAUGGACUUCUGUGCCCAUGCUCACAAGGACCAGCAUAAUCUCCACAAUGGUUGCACAGUGGUGUGUACUUUAACCAAGGAAGACAACCGUAAAGUAGGAGGGAUUCCUGAAGACGAGCAGCUCCAUGUCUUACCUCUUUACACCGUAUCACAUACAGAUGAGUUUGGGAGUGCAGAGGCCCAGCGCAUCAAGAUGCAGACAGGGGCUAUUCAGGCGCUCCAGACUUUUCGACGUGAGGUACGGAAACUGCCCGAACCUGCCAAAUCUUGCCGACAACGCCGGUUGGAGGCAAAGAAAGCCGCCUCGGAGAAGAAGAAAAACAAAAUCAUGCAACAAGGAGCGGAGACGCCAGAGAAAGCAGUGUUCAAAGCUGAGGUCUGCGUCCCCAGCUCCCCACAACCCCUUGGCAGUAAAGUAAUCAAACAAGAGAUGAAACCCAACAUCAAAAUGGAGCCGCUUAAUGGAUCAAUAGAUGGAUACCCUGUGCAAGCAGCAGACCCGUUCAAUAACAUCUAUCAACACCCUGCUUACUAUGCAAGAGGGGCCCUCUCCCCAGCAAGCCAGCCCUCUGCAGCUGACUCAUUGAACAACUUCCCCCCCAACAGGUCCAUGGUUCCCUACAAUUACUACAACUACGCAACUAAUGGGCUUUUUCCACGCAAGCUGAGGACCUAUGAGGGUCGAAAUGGUCCCUUGCCCAAAACAGGAGGUAAACCUGUCGAGGUCGACAAAAAGCCUGACAUUCAGAGCCUACAGGUCAGAAUGGCUCAGUCCUCCAGCCACCCUGAGCAGCAGAACCAACUGAACCACACUGUUUACUCCCAGCCUGCAGACUACAACCAAUCCCGUCCUUCUUCCAACUCAUCUGAGCCGUCUAUAAGAGGUUCCCCUCUCAUCAAGCAGGAACCAAUGGAUGUUCCUGUCUACGAAGGUGCAUUGCCAAACCAGGCUGGUGCCAACACAUCUAGAACCACACCUCAGCCUGCAGCCUGGCCAGGGUACAAACCUAACAUUAUUCCUACCACUUGGGAUGACCAUCUAAAGCGGAAACAAAGUUCUGAAGGUUCUUCUAUGAACUUGGACAAACAGCAGUUUCACCAGCAUUCCCAGCAGCAGCAGUCCUCUCCGUUCCCACAACAGUGGACAUCCUUCCCAGGCUCAAACCUCCCGAUAGCCUCUUCCAGUCCAUCACUCCAAGUCACUCCCUCUCCGCCUCCGUCCCCUCAUCUUGGCACAGUGAUUCAGGCUAGUUUACAAGGGUCUACACGCCAUGUCAGCCCUCAUCCAGGUACUCCACUGCAGCCUGGAACCUCUCAUUCACGCUCACUUACUCCGCAGCCAGGCUUACAAGGCCCAGGCUUGCCCAGACACUUGGCCAGCCCUGCCUCUAGUCCCCAGCCAAAUGCUUGGGCCAUGGGACCUGCUCCAUGCAGCCCUGGUUUGAAGCACAGCAAUCCAGCAGGAGCCUACCCAGACAAGAUGUGGUCCAAGACGGGGGAGAAUCGGUGCUCCACUCCCCUUGGGCUCCAAGAAAAGGCUUGGAAGUCUUGUGGAGGUUCAUUGGCAGGCAGCACUCCUUCCCCUGCUCCUGAGGGUCGCCUCUUUCCCGAUGCUCUGCAGCAGUCGGGUCAGGCCUACUGUGACCCCGGUCGAGUCGAGAGUGACACAGAGAGCAUCCAACAUAGGGAGGAUGACGAGGAAGAAGUGUGGUCUGACAGUGAACACAACUUCCUGGAUCCCAGCAUCGGGGGUGUAGGAGUAGCACCAGCCCAUGGUUCGGUCCUCAUUGAGUGUGCCCGUCGAGAACUACACGCUACCACUCCAAUUAAAAAGCCUGAUCGUUCCCACCCAACCCGCAUCUCCUUGGUCUUCUACCAGCACAAGAACCUCAACCAGCCCAUGCAUGGCCUGGCUCUGUGGGAGGCCAAAAUGAAGCUGCUGGCAGAACGAGCUCUGCAGAGGCAACAGGAAGCAGCUCUCCUUGGCCUCCCCCAGGAAGACAUUAAGACACUUGGCAAGAAACGCAAGUGGGGUGCUAUGGCAACAGGUGCCAGCCCAGGCCCUGGGCAAUCUAAAGACAGGAAAGAGGGACCGGUGACACGGUUAGCCCCCACAUUCUGCUCCACCUCGGUGGUUACUGUGUCUCCCUUUGCCUUCACCCAACUCACUGGGCCCUACAGCCACUUUGUCUGAGGCCACACAGACGGGCCCAAAGCUACCGAGUGGUGCUGUGGAGGGCUGGAGAGAGCGACGAGCAGGAUUAAAUGUCUCUCAGCCAUCUUGCAGUCAGCUGUCUCCCCAUCCUGCCCCCUCCACAGGUGAUUUGGAGGAGGUUAUGUUUUUAUUUUUUUACCUCAUGUCAGGCAGUAGUUUGGGCUUCAGACACACUGCCUGUGGUGCUCUUCCUCUUUCAUUGCCAGAGAGGAACUCCAUUGCUUUUUUUCCCUUGUUCAUAGAAUUUUACUAAUUCUAAUUAUUGCUAUUGUUAUCAAUAUUAUUAUGAUUGCUAUUGUUACUGUUGUUAUUAUAGGUAUUAUUAUAAUGAAGACUUGUUUUUAUUAUUGUUGUUUUCAUUAAUGUUAUUAAUGAUAAGGUGAUUGCUUUUGUUUUUAUAUUUUUUUAAAUCAAUCAGUCUGAGUUACUCAGAUCGUUGCUUUUCAAUGUUUGGAAAACUUGUUUCCUCUUUGGUUUUGUUAUCGAUGCUAAAACUCUACUUAGAGGAGGAGCCAUUAUCUGCCCAGUUGGACAGCACUUUAAGAUGAUGAAAAUUAAUAUUCAACCAGAAAGAUGCGUCUGAUCAGACUUUCCGAAAAGACAAACACAUUUCUUCUAAUUGAUCAUUUUUAUUCAGUGGAACAACGAAUGUCAACCAUGCAAAUUAAGUUGAAAUACUUGAUGGGAUUUCCUUCUUGCUGCUUGUCUUCAGAUUAGAUCAUGUGCUCCUCCUGACCCCCCCCCCCCUCCCCCAGCUUUCGACUGGUGCUCAGCUUCUGGCUCUGAUCGUUUUUCAUUCCGCUGCACUUCACUGCACUUGGUGCUCUAUUUAGGUGCUCUUACCCAAGUUCAGCUCCAGCAAUGUUUGUGAGGAAAUGCCUCUGUUUUGGAGCGCCGGAAGGACAGUGUUCCAAGGACGACAGUCAGCAAUGACUCCACAGAGGCCUAAAUUAGGAAUAGUACUUGCAUAUGCCAUUUAACCCAGAUCUAAUGGAGCUGGUGGCACUCUUUAUCUUCCUACAAUAUUAGAAUUUUGAAACAGGUGUGAGGACUUCCCAGUGCAAACUCUAGAGGGCAGUGGUAACCGCUUUUUUAAAUUGGUGCAAUUGACAGAAAAGUAAAAACAACUGGUGCAGCUUUGCUGUUUUAACCAGCCAAGACCAGCAGAGGGGGCUCUUGUACCCCAUUUGCUGACCAUGGACGGGACUUGCAUGACGCAAAUCUGGAGAUGCACCUGGGAAGGCUCUCUCUGUUGUUAGCAGAAGGAACAGUGCUGAGACUGCGGUGCUCUUGGUGCUCCUCCACACACUCUGGUGCUGUCCUACUACACUUGAUUGACUGCAAAGGCCCCACUCCUUCCUCUGCAUGGUGCUGUCAUCUUGGAGCAGAGCCAGGCGUGUCCUCCUGCGGGGCGCCCGCAGCCAGCCAAUCCAAGUGGCCCGUUCUGCGGCUGCAGAUCUGCUGCUGGGCAUAAGAACUGCUCUCUGCUGAAAGUUUGCAGUGGCAUAGUUACAACGUCCACUUUCCAGCCCAGAGAAAGCACAGCCGUUCAUCACGCUUUGUUUGCAUUUCACAGAGGAAAUCCUAGGAGUUAAGGCAAAACGGUGACAUCUACUGUUGCUCGAACAAGUCGGCGUCGAUGAGUCAGAUUAACGAUCUCUAUCGAGUGCUGGAAAACGACACAGUCGUAUGAUCGAGAUACAAUUCAAAGGCACAGGCUGGUUUAUUGUGUUUCCUGAGAGUCUCUGCUUUCUCUGCUCGUCUGCAAAACUGAGAAGUGGAUUAGAAGCCGGCUUGUUGCUCUGGUCAAGGCCAUCUGUGAAAGCCUCUGUUACCUCCAGCUCUCUACCUCACGCUGUAGAGACACUGGUCACAAUCACAAUAUGCUACUGAGGGCAGAAAAUCAUGCAUGUCCCUUUGUAUGCCCGAGAACUCCAGACUCAUUUGAACCUGUUUUUUAUUUUUUAUUUCCUAUUUAUUACUACAUGGUUAUGAUAAUAAUUAUUGUUUUUGAUGUUUUCUUUUUCACCUUUUUAUAUAGCUAAUACAAAUUGUACAUAGAGAAGAAAAGAUUUAUAAAAGCACUUUUAAUCUUGAUUUUAAUGACAAAAACGAAAGAGCCGAUUAUUGACAACUUGAAGCUUAGUUUUUCUUUUUUCUUUUUUUUUUUCUCAAGAGAGAGAUAAAAAAUGUAAAUAUUAAACUAUUUAGGUAAAAUUAUUUAACUGGUGAUGAUAGUGUCGACACCUUGAAAUGACAAGGGGAUUUUUUUUUUGAAGUCUCACUCAAACCAACACUUGAUGUAGAAACAUGCCCAACAAACACUGAUGUUCUGCUUUCUUAGUACUGUACUCCCUUUGUUGGCCUUUGACAAACAUGAAAAACCCGACUUCCUCUGGUGCACACAUUAAUUACUGUUAACUCAGAGACUGGAAGUUGGAGUCUUUUGACCCCAAAUGACGCCUCCAAAACUUGAAAAAAAAGAUGUUGCAUUUCAUUUGGUUUAUUUUUAACAAAAAGCUUUACAUUAUAGACUAGCAGAAAUGGCAAGAAGUCACUACUUUUUUCCAGCAGCUCUAACCGUCCUUGGUUCUCCCUUCGUCCAUCCUGCUGGCUGCAUGUUUGGUUUGCAACUUUGGACGUACCAUUAAACCAGUGAGCGAAGUUUUAGUCGCUUGAAGGCCUGCAAUCUUAUCCAGUUGUGUUACUAUCAGGUGAUAUCGCUUUUAUGCUUGUUUAGAUGCGUGUCAUUAUAAUCUGCACUUCAUCUUAAUUGAAAUGACGCCCCUCCCCCUGCAGAAGAUGCCACAUUUUCCCUUGUGGUGUUUUCUACCCUGUUCCUAAUGUCUGAUUGACUGUUUUACUGCUGAGAACAACACACUGCCCUCCUUGCACAGGCGGUCCGAGGACAAAAAAAAGUAGGUGACGAGGAUGCAGUGCAUGUCAUAAUAACUCUGUAAAUCUGGAAAUGUCUCGCAUGUUUGACGGGCGGUUCUCAGGAGAGGUGCCACCUCACCCAGGGAGGGAGGUGGCGGAUCAGACAGCCGGUGCUAUGAUGCUACAAUUUAAAUUCACUGUGUAAUACAAAGUGUGAGGGAUUUAAGAGAACCGCAAACCUUUUUUUUUUUAAAUGUUUGACUCAAGUGGUUUCAAAAGGACAGAAGCUGCUCUGGUGCUGAUUUCAUGAGAACAGUUUUUAUCUACAACGCUACACAUUGACACCCCCAUUUAAAGAGUGAGAGCCCCUUCCCCACCGCAGCACAUUCUCAUUACGAGGAUCAGUCCAUAUUGUGCUUGGAGGUCGAUACACCCAAGAUGAAAGAAGAUAAUUAAAAAUGACGUCAAGCCUGCUUGACGUUGGGUACAGCAGAUGUACCAGAGGCUGUUAUGUUUUGAGUAUCUUGUUCCUGUUCGCAGAACGCCGAGAUGUUUGACUCGGAUUUGUGUACUGCCUUUUACUCCCCACUCUAGUCACGCACUUCCUCUCCUCACUCCUUCUCUGUCUUUUGAACUGUAUAUUUGGUCGCUCUUGUUUCGAGAAACCCACUCUGUGUGACCCACUGUUGAAAAUCUGGAAGAGAAAUUGGGCCCAAACCAGAAGAAGCAAAUGAACUUACAUACGUGGCAGCUACAUUCCUCUUUCAGUUGUAGGAUUGUUCUUGUUUUUUUUAGUUUUUUAUUUUCUCGUCAAGGAUGCAGUAUGUAAAAAAAAAAAAAAAGUGUUUUUGUUUGGUCUCUCUCUUCGUAGCUGUAUGGUGUAUUAUGUGAAUACAUAGUGUAUGUGGUAAAAAGCCCACAAUAUUGUUUUAUGUUCCACGAUAAAUAAAAAAAAUUAAAGUUA